GGGGGUGAAGGUCGCGCUGAGGGCGGGGGGGGCCCUGCCGUAAGCGGGCCGCUAUUCCCUGUGGGAAGGAGCCUCCUACACCUUCCCCUUUGGCUUUUCCAUCGCCUGUGGGGGAUCCCAGCCGUGUCCUCUAUCGUCUGUGGUGGCCCUGUCGCCUGUCGUGACCCUGUCGCCAGGCCGGCCCCCAGCCCGGCGGGGUGCUGAGCCAGGAUGGGUUUGGCCGAAGACAAAGUGUACAGCCACAUUAUGAGGAACCUCAGGCAUUUCGGGACUAUCCAUGUGGGGUCGCUGGCUGAUUCCCUGACCUGCCUGGUCGAUUCUGACAGAGAUGAACUCCACGCCCGGGAGGAGAUGCGGGGCACCCAGGCCACCGUCUUCAAGUUUUAUCAGCUCCUGAGAUGCCGGAAGGACUGGGUGCAGGAUCUCAUCCAAGCCCUGCGCCACAACAACGCAGGACACCUGGCCGAUGAGGUGCAGGAGGUGUAUGACACCUGGAAACUCCGUCCCUCAACUCCUGCCGCUGACUCCUCCCUUCACAACAAUGCCCGUCCCUCCGCCUCCUCCAUCAGUGCCCAGACACCAUCCCUGCGGCCGAAUUCUGCUCCGAGAGCCCCGCUGGCUGAGCAGCCUCGCCGGGACCUGCCCGUUGGUGACCAUCCACCCGUCCUGCCCAGUGCUGCCACCACCACGAGCACGGAUCAGGAGGCCAGAAUUCCGGUGCAGGAAUCGCUCCCUAAAAAACUCCUGGAGCAAGAGAGUCUCCGGCCAACUCCACCUGGGAGCUCAGUCUGUGCUGGAGCGAGCGGAGAGGGACAGCUCUCCCACCCCGGUGAUACCAUGCAGGGGUCAGUGGGGACCCCCGGGGUGGCCAGUGAGUCUGUGCCAUCAGCUGUGCCCCCGGAGCAGGGCCGGGACUGGCUGAGCCGCCGACCGGUGUGUGUGGACAACGGGUGUUUUGGGAAUGCCAACCACCUGCACCGCAGGGCGCCGGGCCUGGCACUGGGCAGGGCUCUUCCAGCGAGGGAGCCCAGUGCCACUCACAGCCCCGAGCAGCCCCGCAACGAGCCCGAAGAGCACUCGGACGAAUCUACAGAAUUUCCCCCGAGGCCGGAGGGGGCCGCUCGUGGUGUGGGGCAGCAGUCCCCAAACUCACUACCAAAAAAGCAGCCUGUGCUGAGCUCUGGGCCUCCGAGCAGCUUCGUGGAUGUACGCAGCCCCCUCCUCAUACAGGAGCAGUUUGAUGCAGAGGAGAAGCGGGUCCGGAUGCUGCAAGAGCACGGAGGGGAUGGAGACAGUUCCAUAGGAACAACCACCCUGGUCGCUCCCCCUGUGCCCAGAGGCACUUCCCCGUCCUAUGACACCUCUGUGAAAUCUGUACCAGAGAAGAAACCGCCUGCUGGGAACAGAGCUGGCAGCACCUAUUCCAUGCCGACGGAGAAAGUGUUCCCAGCCUCGGCAGCCCCUCUCCUAGGCCCAGCUGUGGUGGGAAGCUCCGAAGGCACGGCUGGGAGAUCGGCCUCCAGGGUGAGCUCUGUCACGAAUAUCUGGGCUCCAUCCUGCAGCAACACAGAGGAGAAUGUGGAGCUCAGCAAGCCGGGCGUCCUCGUCUCCGUUGCUCCGGGGGACACAGAGGUGCCUGGCAGAUGCCCGGGCUCUCAGGGGCCCAACAACCCCAAUUCCGCCGCCUCCAACAGCCUCGGCCUCAGCAGCGACCCAAUCCUAGUGAGCAGGGAUAGCUCGGAAGGAGCGUUCUCCAGAGGCUCCUUGGCUCCAGCGGCUCGUGCAGACCCCAGGGGACAGGAGGCAGCUGGAGCAAGCAGAGACUCCCGUUCCACUCCGAGCUGGGACACCCAUGAGGUCCGUGUGGAUCAUUACCCCAGCGUCCAGCUCGGAGCCGGCAAUGACGGAGUCGGUCCGCUUGGAAGCCCUCCGGAUUUCGACUCCAGCAGUGGCUGUGGCGCUGCCACCAGCCCGUCUCAGGCCAAGGUCCCCUCGGGGGACAGCAAUGGCCCGUCCCUGCCGUACAUCCUCCCAGCCGUGGGCAUCGCUGUCAUCUCCGCCGUGGCAUUCCUGGUGUACGCUCGGCUCCAGAAGUAGCAGCCGGGAUGUCACGCAGCCGGGACGAUUCCUCUGGCAACAGGAUUCUGGUCAAUGCAUUUGAAGCCUGAAGAGCAGUGGGCGAAUGGUAGGGGUGUGGUUAAAUCUCUUUCCGGAAGGUUCUGCUGGAAGAGGCCUUGGUACAGGAUGCUGUUGCGUUUGGAUCUGUUCCAUCCAAUUUCCCAACCAUCUUCUUUUUACACCCAUGGAGAGGGUCUCUCCAGGGCAAUCCCUUGAGUCAGAAAAGUCCUUGUGGCGAUUCUCCACGUCUUCCUUGUUUGGUCCCAGGAGGCCCCAGGGAAGCAUGCACUGGUGAUCCAAAGGGUGAACCCCUGGGUGCCUUUGGGCAGUGCAGCCAGGAGCGGUUUUGCAGAUAUCCUGUAACAGCAGAGCUGGUUUUCUUGGCUCUGCUCCUCUUGGCUUGAAAACAUGCCCGAGGAUUGGUGCAGGAGCCUUCACCAGGUGUCUCACGUUCAGUUUGCCUUACUUGGUAUCUCUGGCUCUGCCAGGCACUUUUGAGGGGCUCUGCAGCUCCUUCUGGGAUCCCUCCAUGCCGCACUGACCCUGGGGAUAAACAUGAAGGUCAGGAGAGAGCCGCAUCUAACCAGCGUUCCUGAGGAUGGGCCUCCUUGCACCCCCUCCAGGCAGGGAAUCGGGGUUCUGCUUUAAUAGGAAUGUUUUAGGCAAUGCCUGCAUUAAGCAGACUUGGUCCUACACAAGGUUGUAGGGUAUCUUUGAUCUUUAGGCUGGAUUUUGGGAGCGUGGCUGGAAGGGUGGAUGGAGUUCUCACCCUUCCUGAUACCUGCUGCUGUGGUAUAGGAAUAUAGGAAGCUUGUGCCCAGGCUGGGACACAAACAGGAUCAAUUGCACACUGCAGGGAGGCCACACAGGAGUCUGAGGUGCUCUGGGCCAGGGGAGACAUUCUAGCACCUUCCAGUACCUUAAGGGGCUCCAAGAGAGCUGGAGAGGGACUUUGGGCAAGGGCCUGAAGGGACAGGA